ACAUGCUUCUUUCCCAGUGGAAAAAAGGCCUUGGGCCAUACGCCGUGCUCGGAUGACGAAUACACCGCAUGCUGUGACAACAACCAUGUUUGUAUGACCAACGGGCUCUGCGUGAAUGUCGGAAGCGACCAGCCAUACGGAUUUUCGCGGGCGGCUUGCACAGAUAAGAGCUGGGGAUCUAGCUGUCCGCAAGAAUGCGUCGAAAAGGAAGAUGGCAAAGCAGGAUGCGCAAUUUUAACUUUCGAGGCCGGUGGAAAUGCCACCACGUACUGCUGCAACGCGAUUACGUCGAAGAACGGAAGUGCUGCCUGUGCCAACGAUGAAGAUCCUUUCACAAUCACAAGCGGAACGGCCAUCUCAGGACGCGCAUAUCUAUCGAACCUGGUCGCCAAGGAUUCCGGCAAUAACAACCGAGAAGUCGCGAUUGGGGCUGGCGUGGGCGUGCCACUGGGCGUGUUGUUCCUCACCGCAUUGGGUUGGGCUCUUUAUGAACGAAAGAAGAGA